GGCUGGCUGUGUCGGUAAGUAACUAGCAGGGCGGCACAUAGCUGUAUCUCGAUGUCAUGUUUAACUGUCUGUUUUAGCCGUUAACUAACCAGCUAUAUCAGUCUGUCCGGACUACCGUCUUGCAAGCUAGCCCUAUUUAAUUUGAUUUAUUUAGCCAACGUAGAUCAUUUAGAAGGGCGGCUUGUGUCAGCCUCCUUAGCCAGCGUCACUUGCUCACUUACUGACUAACACUAGCUAGCAAGCUUUUUGUGCAGUUGCUAGCUGGCUAGCCAGUCGAUUCUAUAGUCUAUUUAGCAGAAAUGGAGUCUCACAGCUCGCAUCGGCAGGUCUCCAAGAAGAGGCGAAGGGAGGGAUCUAAUGCCGAGGCGGAGGAAGUCGAGCGGCCGGGGAAGGUUCCGCGCUGCACCGUGGGGGUGAAAGAUCCGGCGCCGUUCGCGGACCAGCUUGUGACGCCGGCCACGCCCUACCUGCGCGUCAGCAUGGAGGAGGCCCGUAAGGGAACCCCACUGGAACGGCCCGUUCGGGUGUAUGCAGACGGGAUCUUUGACGUCUUCCACUCGGGACACGCCCGCGCACUCAUGCAGGCCAAGCGCCUCUUCCCAAACACGCAUCUCAUAGUGGGCGUUUGCAGUGAUGAUCUGACGCACAAGUUCAAGGGCUUCACGGUCAUGAACGAGGACGAGCGCUACGACGCGGUCAGCCACUGCCGCUACGUCGACGAGGUCGUCCGCGACGCCCCCUGGACGCUCUCUCCCGAGUUCCUGGCCAAACACCGGAUCGACUUUGUCGCUCACGACGAUAUCCCAUACUCCUCUGCGGGGAGUGACGACGUCUAUAAGCACAUCAAGGACGCGGGCAUGUUUGCCCCCACCCAGCGGACAGAGGGCAUCUCCACCUCUGACAUCAUCACUCGCAUCGUCCGCGACUACGACUUGUACGUGCGUCGCAACCUGCAGCGAGGGUACACUGCCAAAGAGCUCAACGUUAGCUUCAUCAACGAGAAGAAGUACCACCUGCAGGAGCGCGUGGAUAAGGUGAAGCGGAAAGUCAAGGACGUGGAGGAGCUCUCCAAGGAGUUCGUGCAGAAGGUGGAGGAGAAGAGCAUCGACCUCAUCCAGAAGUGGGAGGAGAAGUCGCGCGAGUUCAUCGGCAACUUCCUGCAGAUGUUCGGCCCGGAGGGGGCGCUGAAACACAUGCUGAAAGAGGGGAGGGGCCGGAUGCUCCAAGCCAUCAGUCCCAGGCAGAGCCCCAACAGCAGCCCAACCCGGGAGCGCUCCCCGUCCCCCACCUUCCGCCUCCCGUUCUUCGCCCGGUCCCCCCCGUCCUCCCCCCCGCACCACGGCCAGGGGUACCCCAUCAGCGAGGACGACGAGGACGGAGAGGACUAGGGCUUUCCUCGCCUCCACCCGUCCCUAGCCCCCCCUCAACCAAUCAGGACCUCCCUGUCCACCCUCCUCAGCCAAUCAGCACCUCCCUCUCCUCUCCACCCCCCCUAAACCAAUCAACACCUCGCUCUCCGUUUCGCUUGUCUCGGUAGUCCCACUUCUCUCUAUCGUCUCUCCAUGUCAUUCUGCCCCCCCCCUCCCUCCCUCCCUCCCCCGCUCUUUGCGACACUGUAAAAAUGGCCAGCUCAGCUCAUAUAACUGGAGCGGCAGGAAUCCCUCAGGACGGCUGUGUUUUUAAUGGGGGGGGGGGGGUUUAUGGUGCCGCCUGUCUUUCCGGGAGGCGUGCCCACGCGCGCGGGCUACACCUGUCUCCAGGUACGCCGUGUCCUCGGGCCGCGCCACGCCUCCGAAUUAGGGCGCCAAGUCUGAGUCGCCCUCCGGUCGGCAUGUAGUGUCAGAGUGCCGUUUCUCCUCCCCUUUGUUCCAACACGCAACCCAGUGACAACACCGCACGCACACACACAGACACACACACACACCCACACUAUGAGGACAUACCGUCCACCUCUUUCUCUCUCUGACCACACCCUCUACACUCUCACCCCUUUCCCACAUCUCCCUCCCUCCCUCCAGAAAUAUCCAAUCAGGUAUUGUCCUCCUCUCGCAGACGGACUGUUCCAUUCUUGGAGGGGGGGGGAGUGCUCAUUGUUUGGCAACUGUGUGGGAACAUACCUAAGCCCGUUUUAAAUGUGCUAUGACUUAACCUCACGAUUUAGCCUUAACCACUGUACACAAUUUGGGCAUAGUUUUCCCUUCAGAACACAUGCGCGCAAGCACUCACGCACGCACACAGAGGGAUACCACUGUUUAUUCUGGAAUGCUCUGCAGCCCCACCCUUCCUCCUUUGAAUUCCCUGGUUCUGUAUUUCCACUGCUGGGGGAACAUCAUACCACGCCCCCCCCCCCCCCUUUACCACCAGUGACUGCCAGUGGCCUCCGGUUAGUGACAAAACAUUUGGGUGUUGGGUCACCUGUUCUUGGAUCAGUGUUUUUGCAGGCUGUGCCACGUGCACAACCCUCACCUUUCUUCUUUCUCUCAGUCUCUCGUUCAUCAGUCCCCAAAGCACAGAACACAACCAGUAUGAAGCCAUAACGUGGAGUGGAACGGUGUUGAAUGAUGCGGUUGUCAUUUUUUAUUACUGUAUUACUGUUAUUAAUAUGAGCACUACUUGGUUUUUUGUUUAAUUUUGGAAAUUGGCUGUACUAGGCACAGUGGUCCUGCUCCCUGCUGUGAUUGGCAGGUCGGAUUCCUUCCCAUCUUCCCAUUGGCAAACGGAGUCAAGGUCCCGUCCAAUCAUUUCUUCCAGUCUUGUGCUCCACUGUGAACGCUAGUACAUUUUUACUGGGUAUGACGGUCUCCAUAUUUUAAACACAUGUGAUUUUGUUUUAUUAUUAUUAUUGUUAUUAUUAUUAUUAUUAUUAAUAUUAAUAAUAAUAAAAAAAUUACAGCAUAAUGUAUAUUUACUAAUAUAGUUUAAAUUGCUUUUUUUUUAAAGUAUUGUUUCUGUCGUGAUGAGGUUUGACCAUCUACAUUUCACUCUUGGAGCAGUCGGAAUCCUCAAACCUUCACACCGAACUGAAACAUCCACCCCUGUACGCUUGUGAGGAAUUGCAAAUUACAACUUUUACAUUCACAACUUUAGCCAAAGUAAAAAAAAAAAACUUUUUGAAACUCCUAAACUGUGGUCAGUUUCGUUUUAAUUGCGGAAUACGAGUGCGUACGUCUGGGCUGACGGCUUCGAUGUCCUUCUGAAAUGUGUGCGUGGAAUUAAGGCCAGUUCUUUAUUCUUUUUUGCCAGUAUCAGUGUUCUGAACUGAGAAUUAAAAAAUGCAAACAAAA